AUGCAAUAGUAAAGAGAGAAGGAUAACAGAGGAAGUAGCAAAAAAUAAAAAUAAAUAGCUUCUUAGGAUAUAUCUGCUCAAUAAAAUCAAAAUAAAAUUUUGCAAAAUGACUCUUAAUACGCUUUAGAUUAUCCUAAUUUUCCUAAAACGUAGAAUAAAACAAAAAAUAAAAAAAAGAAAUCAGCAAAUGGCAAAGAAAUAAAUUAAUUCAAUCAGUCAUAAGCUGGUUUGAAAAAUUAUAGUUCAGAAAAACAUAAUAUUGAAUAUGGUAGCAAUGAAGAAAAUAUACUAUUUAAAGAUUCGCAGUCAAAUAUAAUUCAAGAUUAAAGCACAAAUCCAAUGAAUAUAAAGUAGUCUUUUUCUUCUCUAGAUUAUAAAUCGCCUUCACUAGAAGCAUUAGAAAAGCUAUCAAAAAAGUCACUAAAAAAAUUAGGUAAAGAAUAAAAAGUAAAACCCACUGAACAAAGCGAUGAAAGCUUUAACUUAAUUAUAAGAGAAAUUGAUGUAUUAAAAUGCAUAUUUGAAGACUAAAUGAAAAUUAUUAUUCCUCAUAGCAAAAAAAUAAUGGGAUAAAUAUAGAUUGAUCUAUUCCAAAGCAGGAUACCUGAGAAUUUAAGAACUAUCAUAAGAUUUAAGUAUACAUAUACAAUUGAGUAUCCUUUCACGCCUGUGCAUUUUGUAGUAGAACCAAAAUAAAAUAUUCCUGAUAGAAUAGAUGCUACUAAAUUCAGAUCUUAACUCAUUGAAGAUAUAAAAAAAGUAGCAAAGAAGUAAUAGGAAAAAAUGGAAGAGAGUGUGUUUAAUAUUUGUAGUAUGAUUUUAGAUUUUGUAAAGGAAUUUGAUGAGGAAUGGAUUUAAUAGCAAUAAGCAAAAGGCUAAUAAUAGUAACUUCAAAUGUAUAAAAACCCUUCAACUAUACUAGAAGAUUAAGAUGAAAAUGCUGAUACUGUACAUACACUACCUUAGAAUGUUAAGCAAAGCGACAUGUCUUGUAUUGAUAAUUCUAUGAGUAAAAAUAAAAGCAGUCUUGAUUAGCUCUAAAGUUAUGCAAUCAAAAAGAGUUUUGUAUAUGAGUAUUAAGAUAAAUUGUUAGGAGAUUUUAGAGAAGAAGUUAACUUAUCAAGAUAGUCCUUAUCUUCGACAGACUAAGAUUAAUAAGAGGAAAAGGUUCUUGAAAAUUUGAAGAGUGCAUAUAAAACUAAUUUUGAAGAGGUUGAAUAAAUUGGAAAAGGUGGAUUUGGAUAAGUUUACAAAGUUAAAAACAGACUUGACAGCUUAAAUUAUGCUGUAAAAAAAAUUAAGCUUGAUAUUAACUAAAAAGAGUUAACAAAAAAAACUCUUAAAGAAGUUAAAUUAUUGAGCAUAUUGCAGCACAAUCAUAUUGUCAGAUACUAUUAAGCUUGGUUAGAAAAACCUGACGAGAAAACGUUAUAAGAGUUUGAAAACUCUGAAGAGGAAGACGAGCUUAGAGAAGAUUCAAAAGAAGAAGAAUGUUCAUCAGAAAACGAUAGCGCUCCCUCUAAAGCCAGUAAAGAAAGUUCAAUGUGCUUCGAAUUUAUAGAAUCUUCAGAAGAAAGUUCAUUGCCAUUUGAAUUUGAAAAUUAUUCAGAUAAUGGUAUAGUUUUUGAAGACAGCGAUGGGGACGAAGAGUAAAAAUAAAAAAAUUAAAAUAGUUCUACUGCCAAUAAUAAAUAAGAGACUCAUAAAAGGAAAGAAAGUUAAAUCUAAGACAUAGAUGAGACUGAUUUUUUUACUAAAGAAGAUAAAAAGAAACAUCACAAGAAAAAGAAGAGUAAAGAUUUCCGUUUAUUGCACAUUUAAAUGGAGUUCUGUGGAGGAAGUACCUUAAGAGAGAUGAUAGAUAAUCAUUUCUUUUGUGCUGAAAAGGAAAAGAGAAUAUCUUCCAAACAAAAAAAAUCUUUAUUGGCUCAGAUAUUAGAAGCCUUGAAAUACCUUCAUGAAAAAGAGUUAAUUCAUAGAGAUUUAAAGCCACAAAACAUUUUACUUGAUUAAAGUGGAUAAAUUAAAUUAGUUGAUUUUGGUCUAGCAACAACUUUAAAAAAAGAAAGAUAAAUAGAAAGAAAAGCUGUCUUAAAUCUAAAAAGAGCAAGUUCCGUAUAAAGUAACUUCUAUAAUGCCAGUAGCUUACCUGGUGAAAUAGAUUAUAAAGAUAAAAAAAGCGAAAAUUCAAAUAAUUAUUUCCCCUCAGAAAUCACGAGAGGUGUAGGAACUGGAGUAUAUAGAGCACCUGAAUAGGAAAAUACUUCAAGUUACUGCACUAAAGCAGAUAUGUUUUCGUUAGGAGUAAUUAUAUUUGAAAUGUGGUACCCACUCCCCACUUUUAUGGAAAAAUAUCAAACACUCAAAGAAAUAAGAGAAAAGAAUCAACUUCCUUAAGAUUUUAAUUUGAAAGUUGGAAAUGAUGCUAAGGAAAUAAGGGAUAUACUAACUAAAUUACUUGACCCUGAUCCGAGUAAAAGAUAUUCAGCAGAAGAACUCUUGAAGACCCUUGAAGAUGAGUAAUAUUUAGAGCAUCUAAGUUAGAUUACAAACCCAAAUAAUGCAGAUCACAGAAAACUCAUAGAAUAUCUAUUUAAAGUUUAAAAUCUACCUAGUGCUAUAUACACUGUAGAGCCUUACAUCAAACUUAUUAGAUUUACUUAAUCUUAUUAAUUGAUAUAAGAUAGAAUCAAAUCUGUCUUUGAAGCUCAUGGAGGUAUAAAUUUGGAGGCUAAUCCUUUAGUACCAUUAACAGAAAAUAUAUACCUAAAUAAGCUAUAUUUGAAUACAAAACAGAGUAGACUUCAAUUCAGAGUUAAAAUGUAUCAUAAUAUAAUUAAAAGGUAGUAUAAAUCUAUUAUGUUAGCUAAUACAGGAACUCUUGUUGAGUUUUCAGAUAAUUUGCUAACGCCAUGGAUUCAAAAAGUUAAAACCCGACAUUAUAUUUAAAUGAAAAAGCUUGAAAAAAGAGAUAAUCUUUUGCAGAAAGAGCUUUCAAGUAUGAUAAAACGUUAUACUUUUGCGUGCAUUCAAUUUUAAGACUCUGAAAAAAAGAAAUUCUACCCUGUUGAGAAUAAGAGAGCCUCUUUUGAUAUUGUUUAUAUUAAGGAUGAAGAAUAUUAAUCUUAAGACAUUAGCUCUGUUAGAUAAUAUUAUGAAGCAAAUCUGAUAAGAGUUGCUUAUGAAGUUAUAAGAAUGUUUUGCAAAGAUACUACUAAAUAUAAAAUAAGAAUAGGAUUUUCAGGGCUACUUGAUAUGCUGAUUUCAAGCAUAUCAAUCUAAGAAGAGACAUUACUUAAGAUUUUAGCAGAUAAAUCUAUUAUGGAAAAAAUUUAAGACUUAAGAGAAAAUGAUUUCAGAUAAAUUAAUUAACUGGAAUAAAUUUUUAUUGAUUAAUAUGGGAUAUAAAAAGAAAUAUUUCACCAAAUCAUAAGUUUUUUCAAAAUAAGCUCUGCAAAUUUAGACACUUUUAAAGAAUAUCUUGAAGAAAGAUUUAUAAAAUAUUAAAAUGAAAUAAACUUAAUACAUUAAUAUUUAUUAGAAUUAACUUCGUAUUUAGACCUAUUUAAAAUUCCAAAAGAAACACUAUAUUUCGAUACUUGCUUACUACCAGACAAUCUGAUGUAUCACUCAGGACUUCUUUUCGAUAUUAUAAAUUACGAAGAGCUUGAAUUUAUUAAGAAGAGAAGCAAUAAAUUAAAAGAAAUUAAUACACAUCAAGAAUCAAAUAUUCUUGCUAAAAUAUUUAUAAAAGGAGGUAGAUAUGAUCACUUUUUUGUUGAAAGUUAGAAAUAAAAAUAGCAGGCACCUGAGGGUAUUGGAUUUUAGGUUUAUAUUGAUGAAUUAUUUAAUCAUUUCUUCAGGCCAAUUCUAUCUCAAUAUGAUAAUUAGGAAACACAAAUUUAGCAAUAACUUUAAGACUAUAAUGAAAUAGAAGCUAUAAUAAUUAGCAUUGAUGAAGACCUUAAAGAAGAAAAGUUUAUUCUAGCUGACGAGCUCUGGAACCAUUAAAUAAAAGCUCAUGUAAUUAUAGAACCAGUUUAAGCUCUUUUCCGUAUUUUGGAGACUCUCAAAAAGCAGAAAAUAAAAUUUUUAAUUACAGUCAAGAAAAAGAAAGCUUAAAAUCUAAAUUCAAAUCAAAAGACAAAAUAUAAACUGUAAAGUCUUGCGUAAUUAAAUUAAAAGAACAGCGAAAAAGAAAGAGAAUACGAAAUUAAUGAGAUAAUAGAAAUUAUUAAUAAAUCUAAAUACAAUCCAAAGUAAAAGUAUUUAAAUUGA